UGGUCGAUUUGGCCGCCCUGGUACCGCGCAAGACGUCCCCCAGGGUGCGUCCUCGAUGUGGUUGUGGUCGCUUGCUGUCCCCGCACGACCGUGACUCGACAUCGCACCGACAUGAUGAGAGACGAGAGACAAGACACGGCGCCGGCGGAGCGCCGCGGCCGGCGCGUCCCGCGUUGCCCCUGCGAGGACCCCACAGCGCCGGCCGAGAUCCCCGAGCCGAGCCUCCACGACACCGUCAUCUCCUACGACUACGGCACGAGCCACAAGAUCCACCGCAAGUACAUGCAGCCGCCGCUCAACGACCCCAACUGGAGAUGGCGGCCGAUCCCGGGCGAGGUCGGCAGGUACUGGGCGCUCGACGCGAACAAGAGGUGGGGCGGCAAGGAGCAGAGGGAGCCGCUCCCCGACUGGAAGGAGACGUACUAGGCUGCUCGCCGCGCGGGGCGAGGGCAGGCGGGCGGUUCCCGGCUGCGGCGGUGAGGGCUGCGCUCCCUGCUCGCCGGCAUUGCCGGCUGCACCUCUCACGGCGGCAGAGGAGGAGG